AUGCCCGACGUCACCCACAUCCCCACCGAGCUUUGGCACGACAUUAUCACCCUAGCAUGCGUAGAUGGCGGCCUCACGGGCAGGUCCCUUGCGCUCGCCUCUAGGUUCUUCUAUGCACAGUCGCUCUGUUGCCGUUUUCAUUCUCUCGCAUUCAAUUCUCUCCAGCAGCUCGAGGGAUUUCUGGCGUUCCUACGUCUCCAGCCGGUUGACUAUCGGCCGAAAAUACAACAUAUCUGUCUCUCCCUCUUGGAUGAACCUGUGAAAACAUCUACGGUCUCUUUGAAGGCUUACUCCGGGAUGGCGCGGGAACAGCAAAGAGCUCACGACUUGAAGACUCAAGAGGAGAGAGCGCGUUGGGACGGAAGGUUCUGCGUCACGUCCAUUGCCUUGCUCACCCUUGCUGCGCGGACGCUACGUACUCUAUGCGUUGUGGAGGACGGCCUGGCCCCGCUCCCCCUCACAUUUCCAUGCGAGCUCCCUCAGCUGAGGGAGCUGAGUUGGAAGGGGAAGAUCCUCGCGUUCGAGCCGAGCGCUUUGGGGCUGACCGGCACCUCUAGGUUCACGGCAACCUUCCCUGCGCUCGAACGCGUCCACUUCAUCACGACGGCGGUGGACGGUAUAGUCCCCAUGAUUCUGCUCACGAAGAUACCGACGAUCACCCACUUUCGGAUAUCCAAUGUGGGUUACGUCGACAUCCUCCUCCCCGACGCGCUUGCCAGGGCCCUCGGUGUAAAACCCAUGUAUCCCUGGCUCGCAGAUGGACCAGAAGAUGGAAAUGCGGACCCGCAGCAAAGUUCUGUCUCCUCCCUUUCGACGCCCCGUCCCCACCUCCGUCAACUCAUCAUUCAGGGCACGUCGUCUGCGCCUGGCGGCUGGUGCUGGCACUACAAUCGAGAGUGGGCUAGGAUUCACUCCCAGCUGGAGGCCCUUGCGCAUGGUCCGGGUCUCGAUGGAACACACACGCUCGUCUUGGAUAGACCGUGGUUCAGGGCGCUUCGUUGGCCUCAUCGAAUGCGCGACUAUUGGCUGGAUCGUAUACAGGGAGGCCGAGGCUGCUGGGUCGAAUCCGAGGCACAGGAGGUCGUAUCGGAGGGACAGUGA